AUGUCUUCCUCGGACGUGCCGUUGGGUCCGACUGCCGUUUCUUGCCCGGCAAAGGUGCUAGUUGCGGGUGGCUACCUCGUGCUCGACCGGGAAUACACAGGCCUGGUCUUCGGCUUAGACGCGAGGAUACACACCGUUGUCGAGCCUAUCAAGACUAGAGCAGGUGUGACGAUCAACGAAAUAUUGGUCACGAGCCCUCAGUUUCGCGAAGCCAUCUGGGAGUAUGGUUACCGAUCACAGAGCGAAGAUGGAGGCAUUGCCGUCACUCAGCUGAGCGUUGGCCACGAACAAUCCAUAACGGCGACCCGUAACCCCUUCAUAGAAACUGCCCUCACCUACGCCCUAACCUACAUCCAUGCACUCCUCCCCAAAACCCUCAUCCAACCCUCCAGCAUCCGUAUCCUAGCAGACCAAGCCUACUACUCCAAUACUGGCACCCCACGCUCCUCAAACAUCAUUUCCCAACCCCACAAAGUAUCCCGUUUUCAAGACUUCAACGUCAGCCUAAGAGAGGCCCACAAAACAGGCUUAGGAAGCAGUGCAGCACUCGUAACAAGUUUCACAGCAGCGAUACUAAGUUUCUACCUGCCCAAAAAGCUCUUCGACGUCCAAACCGAGCGAGGGCAAACUAUCCUACACAAUCUCGCUCAAGCUAGCCACUCGCAGGCUCAAGGCAAAGUAGGCUCUGGCUUUGACAUUGCAAGCGCAGUCUUUGGAUCCUGUCUUUACAAGCGUUUCUCGCCCAACCUCCUUAACAGCCUCCCACAGCCCGGCAAUCCCGGGUUUGCGACUGACCUGCGUUCGCUCGUCGAAGGCCCAACAUGGGAUACCGAAAUCCAGAAAGCGGCUAUCAAGAUGCCCAAGGGCCUGCGCCUCGUCAUGUGUGAUGUGGACUGUGGAAGUGAAACGCCGGGUAUGGUAAAGAAGGUGCUGGCGUGGCGAGCGUCGAGGCCUGAGGAGGCAGAUCAGAUCUGGAAGGAGUUACAGGCUGGGAAUGAAGCUAUGGCUGCUGAACUUACGCGAUUGGCUACUGAGGAACACAGUGAGGGUAUGGCAAAGUAUGAGACGCUACGCCAGAUCAUUGCGAAGAACCGCGCACUCAUUCGCGCCAUGGGUGAGAAGUCCGAUGUGCCAGUCGAGCCGCCGCAGCAGACGCGGCUCCUGGAUUAUUGCUCCAAGCUCGAUGGCGUCGUUGGCGGCGUUGUGCCUGGUGCUGGCGGCUUCGAUGCCAUCGUUCUGCUCGUGGAAGACAAAGAGGACAUCAUUGAAUCACUCAGGGCAUCUCUAGCGCAGUACAAAGACCAAGAAGCCAUUGGCAAAGUGGGUGUGAUAGGCGUUAGAGAGGAGAUGGUGGGCGUGAAGCAAGAAGAGUUGAGUCUGUACAAAGAGUGGGAGGCGAAGCACUGA